UGUUCCAUACCGACGUCCAUCCAUCCCAGCCGACAACCCAUUGCACGACCCAGCCAUCCCUUGACAGCGACGCGUCCUCCAAAGGCAAACCAUCACAACCAUGUCUUCCCAAACCACCUUUGGUGCGACGAUCGUGCCGACUCUCCAAACCUCAACACCAGACCGAAACUAUCUCCUCGCACCGAAAUCCGAAUCUCCAGCAUUGACGCCGACCGUCUCGAACGAUGACACCAUGCAAAACUACACAGGCGAGAAGCCCAUUUUACCACACAGCCCAUUCUACACCCACCCACCCGCAUCGAACGAGGUCGUGAACAAGCACUCGCUGUCAGUCUUCGAGAAGGACAUCGAGAGUGGUAACACCACGCCUCUUUCCCGACACGACGCCGCGAAUCCUUUUUCCAAGAGCCUCGCCGUGGAGAACAGCACAGAAUGCACCAUGUGGCCAUCGAAGCAAACGCUACGGCAGCAAAAGCAGGCGCAGAAGUCGAGGAAGCGGGAGAAGAGCGCUUUUGCUCCGGUCGCCACGCGCUGGGCGAACCUGAGCAAGAAGCAGAAGAUGGCCUCGAAGAUCUUGCUGGCGUUAUUCUUGAUUGGUGCGGCGGUCGCGCUGGGCGUUGGUAUCAGUGUGGCGGUCAAGGGAGCAUACUACGUCUCAGACGGCAGCUCGAAGGCUGUUGGUAAUUAA